AUGCACACGAAAUCUAGUGGCUUAGUAUAUGCAUGCGAAGUAAAUUUUUAUAAACAAGUUGUUGAAGACAAUCUUUGUAGUUGGACACAGAAUGAAAAGAAUACUUUAUUUCAGUAUUUGUGGGGUUUAAAAAGAAUAACACAAUUCGGAGAAUUUUUUCCCGAUAAACGUAAUCGAAAAUUCUCACAUUUUAUUUAUGUUGAUAUUAUUUCUAUUAUUAUAGAAUUUCUUUCUGGAAAAGAAUUUCUUGAGGAAUAUUCUUAG